AUGGAGGAUAAGUACACCGCUACCCUUUACCACAACAAUACCCAAAAAGGACCAGUUUUCAUCGACUCGAUCAUUGCCGUACCAUACCAUUCCUUCAACGAGAAUCUUAUGACUCCUCUGCCAAUUGACGUCUCAAACGAAUUCGUCCAGGAGUGCAGUGCUGAUUUCUACCAGAAUGACCCCGAAAAUGUUUCCGACUUUUGCCGUGACAAGAUCUUCUCCCUCACAACGGACUUCAAUCAAGCGGCAUUUUCUUGCGAUUGUAUAGCCAGGGGUUCCGAAUCCUUUUGCUGUGACGAAUAUGGUGGACAAUGUAAAUGCAAGCCAAAUAUCAUUGGAAGACGCUGCGAACGAUGUGCUCCCGGAUAUUACAAUUACCCCGAAUGCAUAAGUAUGUUCACUGCAUAG